GCUUGUACUAGAGCCUACCUGGGAGAAGGCAAUUCUGGAUUUAGUGUUGUGUAAUGAACCGGAUUUGAUUGGGGAACACAAGGUAAACGAGCCAUUAGGAGGUAGUGACCGUAAUAUGAUAAGUUUUAAUCUACAAUUUGAGAGGGAGAACGGAAAAUCGGAAGUGUCAGUAUUACAGUUGAGCAAAGGGAGCCUUGGAGGCAAGAGGGACAAGCUGGCAAAAGUUGACUGGAAAGAGACCCUAGCAGGGAUGACAGUGGAACAACGAUGGCAGGUAUUUCUGGGAACAAUUCAGAAGGAUCAGUUCAUUCCAGAGAGGAAGAAAGAAUCUGAGGGGAAUAAGAGGUGACCGUGGCUGACAAAGUAAGUCAAGGACAGUAUAAAUAUAAAAGAGAAGAAGUACAAUGUUGCAAAGAUGAGCGGGAAGCAAGAGUAUUGGGUAAUGUUUAAAGAGCAACAGAAGAUAACUAAAAAGGCAAUACGGGGAGAAAAGAUGAGGCACGAAGGUAAGCUCGCCAGGAAUAUAUAGGAGGAUAGCAAAAGCUUCUUUCGGUAUGUGAGGAGGAAAUAAUUAGUUAAGACAACUGGGUCCCUUGCAGACAGAAACAGAUGAAUUUAUACUGGAGAACAGGGAAAUGGCAGAUGAGUUGAACAUGGUACUUCACUAAGGAAGACACAAACAAUCUCCCAGAUGUACUGGUGGCCAGAGGACCCAGGGUGAUGGAUGAAAUGAGGGAAAAUCACAUUAGGCAGGAAAUGAUGUUGACUAUGGGACUGGACUAUUAGGCAGGACUGUUGACUAUUAGGCAGGACUGAUGGUACUGAAGGCUGAUAAAUCCCCACGGCCUGAUGGUCUGCAUCCCGUGGUACUUAAGUAAGUGGCUCUGGAAACCGUGGACGCAUUGGUGAUCAUUUUCAAAUGUUCUAUAGAUUCAGGAUCAGUUCCUGUGGAUUGGAGGGUAGCUAAUGUUAUCCCACUUUUGACGAAAGGAGGGAGAGAGAAAACGGAAUUAUAGACCAGUUAGCCUGACAUCGAUGGUGGGGAAGAAGCUGGAGUCAAUUAUAAAUUAUGACAUAGAGGCACAUUUGGAUAGCAGUAACAGGACCACAGCUAUUUACAAUAUACAUUAAUGAUUUAGUAGAUGAAGGGAUUAAAAGUAACAUUAGCAAAUUAGCAGAUGACACAAAGCUGGGUGGCAGUGUUAACUGAGGGGAGGAUGCAGGUUGGGUGAGUGGGCGGAUGCAUGGCAGAUGCAGUUUAAUGUGGAUAAAUGUGAGGUUAUCCACUUUGGUGGCAAGAACCCCACGAAGGCAGAUUAUUAUCUGAAUGAUCUCAAGUUAGGAAAAGGGGAAGUACACCGAGAUCUGGGUGUCCUUAUUCAGCAGUCACUGAAAGUAAGCAUGCAGGUACAGUAGGCAGUGAAGAAAGCUAAUGGCCUUCGUAACAAGAGGGGUUGAGUAUGGGAGCAAAGAGGUCCUUCUACAGUUGUACAGGGCCCUAGUGAGACCACACCUGGAGUAUUGGUGCAGUUUUGGUCCCCAAAUUUGAGGAAGGACAUUCUUGGGAGAGCAUUGUAGUUUCACGAGGUUAAUUCCCGGGAUGGCGGGACUGUCAUAUGUUGAAAGAAUGGAAGGACUGGGUUUGUAUACACUGGAAUUCAGAAGGAUGAGAGGGCAUCUUAUUGAAACCUAUCAGGUUAUUAAGGAAUUGUACAUGCUAGAGGCAGGAAACGUGUUCCCAAUGUUGGGGGAGUCAGAAUCAGGGGCCACAGUUUAAAAAUAAGGGGUAGGCCAUUUAAAACAGAGAUGAGGAAAAACCUUUUCAGCUAGAGAGUUGUGAAUCUGUGUAAUUCUCUACCUCAGAAGGCAGUGGAGGCCAAUUCUCUGGAUGUUUUCAAGAAAGAGUGAAAUAGAGUUCUUAAAGAUAGCGGAGUCAAGGGAUAUGGGGAGAAAGCAGGGAAGGGGUACUGAUUGUGGAUGAUCAGCCAUGAUCACAGUCAACGUGGUGGCUCAAAGGGCCGAAUGGCCUAGUCCUGCAACUAUUGGCUAUUGUGGGAGGGCAACGCUGGAUCUAGUAUUGGGAAAUAGGGAAAACUGGGAAGGGCAAGUUAAUGAAGUGUGUGUGAAGUAGCCUGUUGGGACCAGUGACCACAGUUAGAUUAGGUUUAAGAUAGUUAUGGAUAGGGACGGAGAGGGUCCAAGUAUUAAAAUGCUCAACUGGGGUAAGGCCAACUUUGAGGGUAUGAGAGAAGGUCUCGCUCAAGUUGACUGGAGCAGGUUGUUAGAGGGGAAAGGAAGAUCGGCCAAGUGGGAUGUUUUUAAAAGUGUACUGAAGAAAGCUCAGGAUGUUUACGUCCCCGUUACAGUGAAGGGCAAAGCAGACAAGUGUAAGGAAGCUUGGCUGACGAGGGAAAUUGAGACAUUAGUCAAAAACACGAAGGAUGCAUGGGACAGGUAUAGGCAGCUGGGAUCAAGUGGAUCCCUGGAGGAGUUUUGGGAACUAAGGAGUAAACUAAAAAAAUAAAUCAGAAAUGCAAAAAGGGGCCAGGAGAUGGCUCUGGUGGUUAGCAUUAAGGACAAUCCCAAAAGAUUUUAUCAAUACAUAAGGGGGAAAGGGGCAACUAGAGGGAAAGUGAGACCUUGGGAAUAAAAGUGGUCACCUCUGUGUGGAACCACAGGAAAUGGGCAAGGUCCUAAAAGAGUAUUUCUUCUCUGUAUUUACCGAGGAGAAAGACAGUAGGACGGAGGAAAUUGGAGCAGGCACUGGAAAUGUCUAGAACAGUCAGGGUUACUGUCGAAGAAGUACCGAAGAUACUGUCGUGUUUGAAGGUAGACAAAUCUCUAGGGCCUGAUCUGAUCUAUCCGAGGACAUUGAGGGAAACUAGAGAGGAAAUUGCUGGAGCCGUGGUUGAAAUUUAUGAGUCGUCCUUCAAUACAGGACAGGUGCCGUAAGACCGGAGUGUGGAAAAAUGUUGUGUCUCUUUUCAAGAAAAGGCUGCAGGGAAAAUGCUGGGAACUAUAGGCCGGUGAGCUGAACAUCUGUAGUUGCUUAGUUAAUCCCCGCUCCGACUCCGAGCUCGUUACUUCCGGGUUUGAAAUCCAGGCGAAAAUUCCUGAUCCGCAGAAAACAGCCGCCAAGAAGCAAAGAUCCUAUAGCAGAGCUCUGCUAUAGGAUCUUUGCCAAGAAGGGCGCAAAGAAAGCUUUGCCGAAAUCCGCAGGCAAAGGGGGCAAGAUGCGCAGGAGGUAGAGGAAGGAUAGUUAUUCCAUCUACAUCAACAAAGUGAUGAAGCAGGUAUACCCAGACACCGGCAUCUCCUCCAAGGCCAUGGGCAUCAUGCACUCGUUCGUGAACGAUAUUUUCGAGCGUAUCGCUGGAGAAACUUCCCGCCUGGCGCAUUAUAACAAGCGGGCGACCAUCAGCUCCCGAGAGAUUCAGACCGCCGUGCGCCUGCUUCUUCCCGGGGAGCUGGCCAAGCACGCCGUGUCGGAAGGGACAAAGGCGGUGAUCAAGUACACCAGUUCCAAAUAAAGAUUCACACAUUG